GUGACAGCCGUUUCUGGGUAAAAAAGACAUGCUUGGUGGAAACUCCCCCAUGUUCAAGCAUCAUUUCCUUCUUAGAAACAUCAAAGAUCUGUCUGAGUUGGCAAAAAAAAAAAAAAAAAGAACGACGAAGAUGAAAAAGUCUCAUUCAGAUUAGCUGAUGGUAAGACUGAUAUGCAGAGAGGUCUAGUGUUAACUCAGUACAACAAAACCAAAAAAAAAAAAACACCGGCCAGGAAACAAGCGGAAGAGAAAGCCUAUGUUGGUUUAGCUCGAGAACCAUGAGCAGCGACUUUCUUUGUGCUCUUCUCAUCCUCAACUUCCUGGAAUCGGGCAAAUCAAAGAGUGGUGUAUCUAUCAGUCACAGUCGAGAUGGAUAUGGCCAGAACAUUACUUGUCUCCUCUCAGGGGAUGAAAAUAUGACACAAAUCAACUGGGAGAUGCUAAGAGGCCCGAAUCGCACCAAAUUGGGCACGUAUCACCCACAUUUUGGAAUUUACAUAAUGCAAAAGUAUAAACCUAAAGUGAAGAUCCAGAACAAACAGACUCCUUAUCCAUCAUCAUCCCUUCUCAUUAAAGUAGCAUCAAAUGAGAGCGUGCAAAUCUGUUGCGCGUUCAUAACAUUUCCUUCGGGUAAACUUGAGCAGUGCACUGAUAUCAGUAAGAAAGAUGUCAGUAUCAACACGCCUAUGAUAAAAGAUUUUACAUAUGUGGAAUCAGAACCAAUGCUGGGAAUAUUUGGACGUUUGGGUGCAAUGAUCAUGGGAACCAUUCUUUCCCUUUUUAUCCUGACCAUCCUAUUCUACUUAUGCAGAAAAAACAGCUGUAGAAGGAGGAAGUCCUUUGAAAUAGGAACAUACCUGGCAAACGUACCGGCUGAGCCAUUUGCUGAAGAAUCAGUUGAUGUACCAACUUCUCAAAGUUCUCCAAAUGGCUUUGACCCCUCAAAACUUUAUGCCAAGAUCAAAAAAGACCUUUUCUAUGGCCAGCUGUGGAAGUCUUACCAAGGCCAACCCAAAUCAUGCACACAAGGUACCAUGACUGAUCAAGGACAUGUUCAGAGAGGCAGCCCUUUGAGGCCAGAUACAACAGAAUGA